UUCGUUCCGAAAUUAAAAAGUAAACAAUCAAAACAAUCUCAUCCCUGCUUAGGUGCUUUUCGAUUUUUAUUUUAUAUCGUCUAAGUCCUAAGACAAGUUUUUUGAAAUCGGAUCAGAAUGUCGUACAUGUUAGCGCAUCUACACAACGGCUGGCAAGUGGACCAGGCCAUCUUAUCGGAGGAGGACCGAGUCGUGGUUAUACGUUUCGGCCACGAUUGGGAUCCAACCUGUAUGAAAAUGGAUGAGGUAAUGUACAGCAUAGCGGAGAAGGUGAAAAAUUUCGCUGUCAUUUAUCUGGUUGAUAUUACGGCAGUUCCUGAUUUCAAUAAAAUGUACGAGUUGUACGAUCCCUGUACGGUUAUGUUCUUCUUCCGGAAUAAGCAUAUCAUGAUCGAUUUGGGUACCGGUAACAACAACAAAAUCAACUGGCCAUUGGAGGAUAAGCAGGAGAUGAUCGAUAUUAUUGAGACUGUGUACCGAGGGGCACGAAAAGGUCGAGGUUUGGUGGUUUCCCCGAAGGAUUAUUCAACUAAAUAUAGGUACUAAGGAAUCCAAAUAGAAAAUAAAAUUAGGUUUUAUGCGAUAAUAUAGUUUGUCUAAGCUGAA